AUGAAAAGUGCCAACCAGUGUCGACGUCGAGGCAACAAAGUGGUCCCUCAUCAUCCUGUGUCCGACACAGAUCCAGCUGAUCCUCCAGAAGAUCCUCAGUCUGGUUCAUCUGACCCUGAUCGAGAUCCAGAUGCUUCAAAGAUGACACCUGUCGUAGGACCAUCUGGCCUUGUGCCAGCGGGUCUGCAGGAUCCAGCUGAUCCUCUUCCAGGCCCGUCUGCUCUUGAUCCAGUAGCCCCAAAAUUUCCAGGUGCUUCCAAGCAUAGACAAAUCGCAGAUCAAACCCGUUUCAGAGCAGCCUGUUUCACUGAUCCAACUCCUGUUCCAUUUGAUGAGAUUUAUGAAGUGGGAAGAAAGAUUGGAGAAGGAGGCUUUGGCACUGUGUAUGAGGGGAUUUCGAAAUUUCUACGCGAGCAGGUUGCUAUUAAAAUCAUCCCUAAGAGGGACAGAGAACGCUUUAUUGUAAUUCCUGGCUGUUCAGAGCCGCUGUUUGCAGAAGUGGCUCUAAACCUGCUGCUGAAACGACCUCCAUUAAGCCCCUACAUUGUGCACAUGCUGGAAUGGUUUGAAGAGGAGGAUCGGUUCAUCCUGAUCCUGGAGUAUCCACAACCCUGCAAGGACUUGCUCAAAUUCAUGGUUAACAACAUGCAGCUACUGGAUGAAUCACAGACGCGUAGGCUGAUGCACCAAGCGGUGCUCGGGGCCAAGCACUGUCUUGACCGAGGCGUCUUCCACCGGGACAUUAAGUUGAAUAACUUUCUGAUCAACACAAAGACUAACCAAGUCAAACUGAUAGACUUAGGCUGCGGUGACCUCGUCAAAACUUCAGGCUACUUAGGUUUUACAGGAGGGGUCUGCCCACCUGAAUACUACAAGGACUUAAAAUACGAGGCAGGGCCAACAACCGUCUGGUCUCUGGGCGUAAUGAUGUACUCAAUGAUUUACAAACGUCAGCCCUUUAGAAGUCUAAAAGACAUGAUGCAUGGCAGUCUGAGGUUUAAGCACAAAAUAUCCACAGAAUUGCAAGAUUUGAUAUGCCGCUGCAUGACUCUUGACCCAACCGAGAGAGCAACUGUAGAGGAGAUCCUACAGCAUGAAUGGUUUCAGCAGGGACAAAUGUCAGGAGGAGCUCGGGAUCAGGUAGUGUAA